AUGAUUAACGUCCUUAUAAUGGCCGCCCUUAGCGCCAAACAUCAACUCUUCUCGUUGUCAUCAGGCGCCACAACUGCGGCCACCUCGAUCAACCUCGUGAUCGCUGUCCUGAUACGCCAGGAACUGAUCGUAAACUCGCUUUUUUGGUUACUGGGUCGAUAUCCAACCUCAAGUCCUCUUCGCCUUCGACGCCUGGCGGCCAAGGUAUAUCAUCUUGGUGGCGUUCAUAGCGGCACCGCCAUUGCGGCCACCAUCUGGUUUGGUAUCUCCAAUGUGACCCUGUUCAAAUCCUUAAGCUCGAUCUCAGUUAAGAAGGACCAAAUCACCAUCCAGUCUAUCACCAUUCUCCUUAACAUCCUGCUAGUCAUCACGAUCGUAACCGCCCUUCCAGCCUUCCGCACCUGGGCUCACGACCUAUUUAAGAUCGUUCACCCUCAUGUCCGGCUCGCCGAUCGAAGUUCCGAACUCACCGUCAUGGAUGUGGUUGGCGCGAGUCCCGUCUUCUGGAGUCUCCUCCUUGCAACCUUUUCCAUAGUGCUGCCCUGGCUUCGUCUGCGCAAAGUGCCGGUGCGUUCGGAGCCACUUUCUAACCACGCCCUCCAGCUUCAUUUCACCGGAGAGGGUCUGCCGCUGUGCGCGGCGGUCCGACUGUCAACUCGUCCUCUGCUCAAAUGGCACGCUUUUGCCACCAUUCCAUUCGACAACGGUGGAGGGUAUUCUGUCAUUAUAUCCAAUGCCGGAGAUUGGACGGCUCGACUGCUAGAGUCGCUACCGACCAAACUUUGGAUCCGAGGCAUACCGACCAUCGGAGUGCUUCAUAUGGCAUCCAUAUUUAACAAGGUGGUUCUGGUUGCUACGGGGUCUGGCAUCGGCCCCCUGUUAUCACUGACGAACCAUCAGCACCUCAUUUAUCGGAUUAUAUGGUUAACACCAGAUCCCAUUGCUACCUAUUCUAAGCCUGUUAUGACCAAAGUUCGAGAAGCCGACCCGGAUGCAAUGAUCUUCAACACGACCGAGUCUGGUCGUCCUAACCUUGUUAGACACGUUUAUCGAAUUUACUCCAUGUCAGGCUCAGAAGCCGUCUUUCUCGUUUCCAACCCACAAACGACAAGAAAGGUCGUGUACGAGCUGGAAUCGCGAGGCUUGCCAAUUUUCGCUCCGAUUUUUGAUUCGUAA